AUAAUGAAAAAACUGAAAAUCCUUAUCAUAUUUUCCCCCAAAAAACGCCCCAUUUGCAUACUCACGAAAAUCGAAUUCUGCGAUCGACCCAUUUCAAUUCGUCCCUCUAAUCGGGUAACGCGUCCUUCAAUUUUGCUUCCACUGGUUCCUCCCGUCAUUCAGAGCUAGGGUUCGAUCUCUGGUGCAGCACCGCCGGCGCAACUAUGCCGGAGAUCGAGCAGGUGGCGAUGGAGGACACUGCCUUGUUCGGAAAGUACGAGCUCGGGCGCGUUAUCGGGUGCGGCGCCUUCGCGAAGGUGCAUUACGCGCGCAACGUGCAGACGGGGCAGAGCGUGGCCGUGAAAAUCAUCAACAAGAAGAAGCUAAACGGAACAGGCCUCGCCGGAAACGUGAAACGUGAAAUCACGAUCAUGAGCAAGCUCCACCACCCCAACAUCGUGCGUCUCCACGAGGUUCUCGCCACCAAAAACAAAAUCUUCUUCAUCAUGGACUUCAUCCGCGGCGGAGAGCUCUUCGGGAAGAUCUCGAAGGGUCGUUUCUCGGAGGAUCUCAGCCGGAAGUACUUCCACCAGCUCAUCUCCGCCGUCGGCUACUGCCACUCGCGCGGCGUCUUCCACCGCGACCUCAAGCCGGAGAACCUCCUCCUCGACGAGAACGGCGAUUUACGGGUCACCGAUUUCGGGUUGAGUGCCGUCAGGGACCAGAUCCGACCCGACGGGUUGCUCCACACGCUUUGCGGAACCCCUGCCUACGUGGCACCCGAGAUUUUAAGCAAAAAAGGUUAUGAUGGUGCCAAGAUUGAUAUUUGGUCAUGCGGUGUCGUUUUGUUCGUUCUCUCCGCGGGUUACUUACCGUUUAACGAUCCAAACUUGAUGGUAAUGUAUAAGAAGAUUUACAAAGGAGAGUUCCGGUGCCCGCGAUGGAUGUCGCCGGAGCUCCGGCGCUUUUUGUCGAAGCUGCUAGAUACCAACCCGGAAACGAGGAUCACGGUGGACGGCAUGCUCCGUGACCCAUGGUUCAAAAAAGGGUACAAAGAGGUCAAAUUUCACGAGGAGGAUUUCAUGUCCGGGUCGGGUAUCGGGUACGGGCCGAAAGACGAGCGGAUAAUGAAUUUGAACGCUUUUGACAUAAUAAGUUUCUCUGCGGGUUUGGAUUUGUCGGGGCUGUUCGGGGAGUCCGUGGAGGGGGACCGGUUGGUGACGCGGGAGUCGCCGGAGAAGGUUCUGGAGAUGGCGGAGGAGGUGGGGGCGGCAGCGGAUAUGGCGGUGCGGUGGAAGAAGGAGUGCGGGGUGGAGUUAGAAGAUUUCAAUGGAAGGUUCGGGUUUGAGGUGGAGGUUUACCGGCUCACGGCGGAGCUAACGGUUGUUGAAGCCUGGAAAAGGUGCGGCGACGGCGUGACUUUUAAAAGCGUGUGGGAGGAAAAGUUGAAGCCUUUGUUGGUCGGAGGUGCGACGACGUCUCAUAACAGCGAAGAGGAACAACCACUACAACAACCUGAGUCGCAGCCGGUUGCCGGUGACUGAAGAAAAAACGUUGGAAUGGGUUGGGUUAAAUAAAAUUCAGAAAAGAAAAUGAAAAUGUACAAAAGUGAAGAAAAAAAAUUGUUGGCGUUUUGUGUUGUGUACAGAAGAUGGAGUUGGAAGGUGCAACUAGCCAACUUAAAAGGUAGUGAUUAAGUUUUUUUUUCUUUUUCUGUUUUGUAUAUUAUCAUUGUUAUUAUUAAUGAAUAAAAAAAGGAGUGAACUGAUU